AUGCGCUGCUCCCUGCGCGCCACCGCCGCCGCCCUCAUGCGGCUGCUGGGGCCCGAAGGGAUCCACGGGUUCACGCUGCACGCGAUCGCGCGCCUGGCGGCGGAUGUAUCAGCCGUGGAGCGGUUUGCUGGGCGGUGGGGCGUGCAGGGGCUGGCGGCUGAGCUGGCGGAACCUGCGCAGCUGUGCGCGCUGCUGCUGUCUAAUAAGCUGGAGGACGUGCUGUCGCCAGAGCUCAGGGCCCAGCACUACAGCGCCCUCGACCCCGCGGCCGUCGCGGCGGCGCUGGACCGCUACAGGGAGGUGCCCUCCCAGUCCAAGAAGCAGCCCGCGUGGCCGAGCAAGAAGGCCGCCGAUGCAGUUGCCCGGCAGCUGCGCGGCCAGAUGGUCGCCGGCGCGGCGGGGCAGCGGGCGCUGGAGGGGCUGUGA